AUGAGUGAUGAACUCGAAGACUUUUCCUUUAACAAGCCGAAUGUUACAGCCAGCAGUUGGCUAAAUCAUUUUGAAUCUCUGCACACAAAACACUUAAUAGGCCCUGAAGAGAUUAAUAUCUUACAAAGGCUUAAAUCUCUUGAAAUGGAACCCACAAAUAAUUUACUCGAUGAACCUAUUUCAGAAUACGAAAUUAUCAACGCUGCGAAGAAAUUAAAAAACAACAAAUCCGCAUACUCUGAUAAAAUAAGAAACGAAAUGCUCAAAUACAGUACAAACAUAUUGUUACAAGGAUACAAAAAACUUUUUAACCUCAUACUAGAAACUGGUAGCUUCCCAGAUCAAUGGUGUGAAG